UCCGAGCUUUUGCUUUUUUUUUUUUCUUAUUGCAUUUCUUUUUCUUCCCCAUUUAAAGCCGUCUCUUUGAUCGCAGUUUGAAUGAUGACCGGCUUGUGACAAGCUCGUCUGCAGUAUUACUGCAGGUUAAAAAAAAAAAGAGAAGUCUUGUUGGGGCUUGGAGUGCAGUUUGUUUCGGACGGUAGUAAUGAAAGCGGACAGGACAGCGCUGUCUACAUGAGAUGCCUUUCUGGACAGAGAGCUGCCGGAAUCGGCUCUGAUCUCCAGCCUCGGCCCUGGCUAUUCAAGGCAGAAAGAGUCUUUGAGAAGGAAGGCCAUCAUUCCCCACUGAAGGCACGUCUUGAAUAAGUGUGCACACCAGCCUGGCACAGCUCUGCGUGUUUCCUAAUUUGUCCACCAUUUGUACUAUGUAGACAGCACUCCCUCCCCCUUUAAAUCUUUGCAAAUGAAAAUGGAGGAAAUGUCUUUAUCAGGCCUGGACAACAGCAAGCUGGAGGCCUUAGCUCAUGACAUCUACACUGACCUCAUCGAUGACGCCUGCCUGGGCCUGUGCUUCGAAGUCCACCGCGCUGUCAAGUGUGGCUACUUCUUCCUGGACGAAGACCCAGAGAGCAUGAAGGACUUUGAAAUCAUCGACCAGCCCGGGGUGGAUAUUUUUGGGCAGGUGUAUAACCAGUGGAAGAACAAGGAGUGCGUGUGUCCCAACUGCAACCGCAGCAUCGCGGCGUCCCGCUUUGCCCCCCACCUGGAGAAGUGCCUGGGCAUGGGACGGAACAGCAGUCGCAUUGCCAACCGCAGAAUAGCCAGUAGUAACAAUAUGAACAAAUCGGAGAGUGACCAAGAAGACAACGAUGACAUCAAUGAUAAUGACUGGUCGUAUGGGUCAGAAAAGAAAGCUAAGAAGAGAAAGUCAGAUAAGGUAUUUUUACAUUCUUUGAAACAACCUGUAUUUUUGAAUCCAAAUUCACCUAGAAGAUCAAAAUCAUUAAAACAUAAAAAUGGAGAACUUAACAGUAGCGGAAGCACAGAUCCUUAUAAGUAUAAUUAUAACUCAGGCAUCAGUUAUGAAACACUGGGACCAGAGGAACUACGAUCACUGCUGACUACACAGUGUGGGGUGAUUUCAGAGCAUACUAAGAAGAUGUGCACACGGUCACUGCGAUGUCCCCAGCACACAGAUGAACAGAGGCGAACAGUCCGUGUCUACCUGCUGGGGCCUUCAGCGUCUACUUUGCCGGAUUCGGACAUGAUUGUUGAAAAUGACGCAUACGACCCCACAGAGACCCAGGCCCUGAUGAGCAGGCUGCAGUGGGAUGCCUCUUCUGACAUUUCCCCUUCAGAUUCGGCAUCUUCAAAAGCAAGUACCAACAACUCUGAAUCCAAGAAACCCAAGAAGAAGAAGCCGUCUCUGGGCCUGGGCAGUGGGGGAGGCGGGGGCUCUCAGUCGGGCCUGGGCUCCUCCAAUCGCAAGAAGAAACCUAAGCUGCCAGCUCCUCCCACUCCAAGUAUCUAUGAUGACAUGAACUGAGGCUGGAGGAGAUCUGGUGAGACUAUCCAGGGGAGCCACAGAGGCCUCUUCACAGCUCUAAGUACAUUGCUAGCACUUACCCAGGGAGGAAUAUAAAGAUUAAGGGAACAGGACGGCACCCCUAUGUAGUGGGAUUCUUACAUGUACAGCAAAUAUCCUGAAUCUGCCCAGAUUGUAAGGGCACACCCUCUCCUGUGCAGUUUUGCCCUAUUAACUGUGUGUCCUAGACCUUUACUGGUUCUUCCCCAGUUCAAAGCCCGUUGCUUGAAAUGCUUUCAACAGAGAAAAAGGCAAAGGAUUACUUUGGCAUAAACCCAUGUGUAACCUAAUCCAAUCAAUUACAACAGGCCAUUAGAUGUGAGUGAAUGGAUGAAUUACAAUAAUGUCCAUGAUAUGAACAUCGAUACUAAUAGAAUCCCUUUGGUGACAGACAUUAAUAGUUAGCUGGUCUUUGUGGAGGAGUAUGCUUUUUUUUUUAAAGUGAACAUAUUUGUGUUUGUCGGUGAGUAUGUGUGUGCGUAUUGAAAUGUUGGGUCACUGUGACAGAAAUAAAAGUAGACAUACACACAUAAUACACAAUCAUGAGAUGUUCAGUAAGUUUGAACCUGCUGGGGAAGAUAACUUUUUUUUCUUCUAAAUUGAUUGUAUUGCAAUGCCCCUACAGCAACUUCAACACUGAUUGUUUAAGUAUAUUAUUAUUGCAAAAGAUUAGAAAUGGUCUUUAUUCAGAAUACAGUCGAUCGCUUUCUAUUGAGACUCAGUGCUUAAUUUAUGUGUGUCAUCAGUACAAGCAUGUGAAAUAUUGUGCAAAAGCUUGGGUUUUAUAGUGAUAACGUUUUUUAUUAGGUCUUGCAUUCCUUAUAUUCUGUAAUUGUAUUUCAGUGUAUUGGGCCUGCCUGCCCUGUACCAAUUAUGUGAUUUCCAGACCUGGAAUUGAAUGGUGCCCCCUGUGAUGGACUGUUGUGUCCUGUCCAGGGUGAACCCUGCCAUGUGCCCGUUGCUUGCUGAGUUAGCAUCCAGCUCCCCUGCAACCCUGAAUUGGAUAAAGAGGUUGGAAAUCGGGUGGAUGAAUGGAAUUGAAUGGCGUUUGUAAAAUUUGCUGCAUUGGUUAACAUGCCUUCAAUUCUAAUACAUCUUAUGUCCCCGAAACCUCAGACAUCCACAAAUGUCAAAUCAUUCUUUCCACAGUUGGCUGCAGAUUCUCUGCAAUAUAUUAAUUUUACAAACUCUUCUCCAAAGAAAUAGCAGACAAUCCAGUCCACAUUCUUCACGGUUUCCUACAACAGAAUCUGAAAACGGUCCAUAACUAUUUUGACCAAACUGUUACUUCUCACUGAGAUAGAAGGUAUACCAAGUGGCAUUGCAAUCUCAACAAAUACUAUUAGUCCCAUAUUACCCAGCUCAUAUGUUUAUACCAACAAUUCAUGCUGCUUGUGUCUCUGCCUCACAAACCCAUUAACUUUAAAUGUUGGUCUUGCUUUUGAAUCCUAAUUUUCUUUGGCUUCCCCUGCCUGUUUGGUUACUGAAUCAUUAUCAUUACACAAAUGCAAUAUUUGUUUGGUAUUUAAUCCUUUAAAUUAAGUGGAAAAUAUUUCUAGUUGUAAAUUGGUUUUCCGUUCAAACUAUUGCCACGAUCCUAAUAUGAGUGCUUACGUGGCAUCACAGUAUCAUAAUAUUAUAAACAUAUGUUUUACCUUGUGUUUGAUAGAGAAAUCAAAAUUCCAUACAAGUUACUAUAACCCAAUUAAAACAAUUUUACAAUACACUGUGUCUAUAUAUUACAUACACAGAAACAUAUAAUGUUUGUGUCAUAUGCACAUUAAGGUAUGCUUAAUAACAGCAAAGGAGAAUGAGACUGAAGAACGUUCUUUCCCUAUGAAAGCUUGGGUAUUUAAGAUAAUUCAAGAUUUGUAUUCCUGGGAGUUGUUGAAUAGAACAAGAAACUUCACAGUAAGAACUAGUUAAAGAGAAUUAGGUGGGAUUGAAUGCUUGUGUUUAUGAACAUACACAUCAAAUAUUUUAUUUUAAAAGUCCCAGUGUAAUUGCAGUUUAUCUUGAAGUUACAUAAUAUGCUUUUUAAAAAUAUUGUUGAAUGACUGUGAAUCAUUUUGCAUUGUCAAUAACUUUUCACUGUUAUAAAAUCAGGAUAAAAACAAAACUGCUUGUUUAGCAAAGGGCUCUGUAAAAUAACAUUUACUGUUAGUCUCCAUCAAAAAUCUCUCAUUGUCAAAAUAUAUAAAUAUAUAGAUAAAUAUCAACAGCCCUCAUCUCCAAGAAUGGUAUGUGAUGAAUUAUUGUUUUUUUUCACUAUACGUGUUUGAUUCAUCCUAUUGUUAGCUAAUGUUUCAAGUGAAAUAAGUAAUUUAAGAACUGCAGAAUGAAUAUUUCUCAAUCCCUUUAUAUCUCUGUGCCUUCAGUCCUUCACUGAACCUGAAGAAGCAGUUAGGUAGUGGCAAGCCAGAAAACUGGAAUUUAGAACUUGGUAACUUGGAACUUUGGUAAUGAGAGCAAAUUUGGUCAGCUUUAAAUACUCUGGCUUGUUUUCCAGAAAUGUGCCUUCUCUGCAGUAUCUGUACUCCUGUAUUAUGUAGUAAAUGGAUUAGCUAGGCUCAAUUUGUAUCCAAAACUAACGACAGUAUAUAUACAUGGAAAGAAGAAAACAUUCAGGAAUGGGAACAAUUCCAAAUGUUUAUUUAAACGACAUGUUCUUUAGUUGUGCUUGGAGACAGCUUGGUAUUAUUCAUGAACGUCUAGGUGCAAGUCCUGCAUUUUUAAAAAAUCUGAUGAAGAUGAUAUAUUUUGCAUCCUACCUCUCUGGUAGAAACCAUUUUACUGGGACAUUGGGUCUUGCAGACAUGCUGUUUACCUGCUCACCACUGGGGGAGUUUCUUUUUGCUUUUGCUCCUCCUGGCAUUUUCUGAACAUGGCUUACCAACAGAGUAUUCUUAAAUCUAUUAUUUUUGUAGAUCUGCUUCUGAAUGCUGCAAUGUCAGCCAUGCAGAGGUAAAAAGGGAUUUUGAAAUGACUCUUUAGAGAUUGAAAUGUAGAGCAUUCCAGGAACACACAUUGAGUAUUUUAAAUUGUUUUGGUAUUGCUUUAUUUCUGGGACCAAGCUACAUAUCAUAAUGAUAUUUUUAUUUCUUUUAUAGAAGGUUUUAAAGCUGAAACUGUGGAUGUGUUUUUUUUUUUUUUAAGUGUGUAGACGGAGAAAAACUGAAGGCCAGGAGCUUAUCUUGAAGCAUCCCAUCUUGAUGUCUUCAUUCACUGGGAGUGACUUGGUCAGUCUGUGGCCGUAGUGUUGAUUCUGCCACAAAGACCCAUUGCACUUUAUGUGUGUCUGUGCGCACAUUUGUACGUGAGUGUGUAUGAAUGAUAGUGAUAAAAAUCCAACUAUUUUGGUUGAGUCAAGGUAGUGCUAGCUUCCAUCCACGCUCUGUAUCUUUGGCAUCAUCUUACGGUUUCAGAAAUCUUGGAAAAUAAACUGUCAGCUGGAUCUUGGCAGAAAUAUACUUGAGGACAUUGGACUUCCAGCAUUCAGACACACUUACCACGUGUUGUUGGACAUUGUAAUGCUGUAUUUUUACCUCAAUACUGUAAUAACCUGAUAUGAGCACUGUAGUAUAUACUCAGAGAGGCUGUUUUCCCCCUUUUUUUCUGUGGAACAGAAAAGAAAAAUGGUACAACAGGAUGUUUCCAUAGACUCACAACUGUAGAGAUGAGAGCUGAAAUUUAGAGCAAGCUAUUGGUAAAACAGUGAGCCUGACUUGGUCACUUAAUCAUUACAUUGUAAUUCCAAUACCACUGCUAAAUUCAACGUGGGAGAAGUUGCAGUGGCACUGGCAUUCUGGACAAUGAUGCUUAAACUUCUUCAAUUACAAUUCUCUAAACAGCUUUUUUUAAAAUCCAUUCUUUGUUCAGUGGGAUUUGGUUACAAACCACAGACAUCUUUCAGUUUAGGACUGGUUUCCCUGACAAUCGUUUCCAAUUGUUAGUUGCUCAAGACUAGCAAUGUAAUUAAAGCUGUCAAAGAAUAGGGUCAUCUACAUUUCUGAAAAUUAAGUAAUCUAAUGUAUAAAGGAAAACACCCAGUUUGGUCCAUAAUGAGCCUGUUUUAGCAAGUUCCUUUGGUGUGUAUGGUGUAUGAUUUCUUAAUUUGCAUUGCUAAAACAAGUACUGCUUGAGCAUUGUUACUGCUGCUUCCUUCCACACUGUAUGGACUAAAAAAAUCAUGUCUAUGGAGGGUAUCAGCUAUGCUGAAACCAUCAUUGUUCUGUUAGCAAAUAAGGCAAAGUGCUCUGACUUGACUCUGGUUCAUCCACUAUCUCUGUGAGAAGACUCAUGGUAGCCUUGUGGUCAACCUAGAAGUCCACAAGAUUAAGAACACUCAGUUUUAUUUAAAUGAGGUGAAAAGAAGUUUACCGAUAUGCUUGAGUGCUCCAUCUCUUUGACCUUUGGUCUUUUUUUUUUUUUUUGAAGCUGUUUGAAGCAGUCUGUAGGACAAAAUGGAGUCCAGUUCAUACUGUGCUUAUCUGGUGACACCAAGUUGUAUGUAUCUUUUCUGUCAUUUGUAACUGAUAGCAUAUGGUAUCAGUGUGAUGGAAACAUGCAUGCACCUAUCCUCUCCUGUUUAAACUACUGUGGUAUUGACAACAUGGCAAAAUAAAAAGGGUAUAUUUUUCAUAUCUGUGUAUUUCAUAAUGUACAGCUAGUUAAUUCUGUAAAUUUUCAUUGUCCCAUAGUGAACUGUAUCUGCCUUUUGAUGUAAAUAAAGUCUUUAAAAUGC